AAAUGGCUAAAUCUAACACUCUCUCCCACAAACACACUCCCUUGUCUUAGCCUUGUUUGAAUUCAACUAGAGAGAAUGGCUGGUGCACCGGUGUUGGAACCAUGGCAGAAGCUGGAGGACAAAGUCGUAUUGGUAACCGGCGCUUCCUCCGGGCUUGGCCGUGACUUCUGCCUCGACCUCGCUAAAGCCGGCUGCAGGAUCGUCGCAGCAGCUCGCCGCGUCGAACGCCUCAAUUCACUCUGCCAACAAAUCAAUCACGAAUCAGAGUCGGAGACCCCUCGUGCCAUCGCCGUCGAACUCGACGUCUGCGCCGAUGCGAAAACUAUCAACAACUCUCUGCAGAAGGCUUGGGAUGCUUUUGGCUACAUUGAUGUCUUGAUCAACAAUGCUGGUGUUAGAGGAAGUGUUAAAUCACCGUUGAAUCUGUCUGAGGAGGAAUGGGAUCAUGUUUUCAAAACUAACUUAACUGGUUCUUGGUUGGUGUCAAAAUAUGUAUGCAAACGCAUGUGUGAUGCCCGAAGAAAGGGAUCUGUGAUUAAUAUUUCUUCAACUGCUGGUUUAAAUCGGGGACAAGUGAGUGGAGCUUCUGCCUAUGCAUCUUCAAAGGCAGGCGUUAACAUGCUCACAAAGGUCAUGGCUAUGGAACUGGGGGCACACAAAAUCAGAGUAAAUUCCAUAUGCCCAGGAAUUUUUAAAUCUGAAAUCACUGAAAAUCUAAUGCAAAAAGAUUGGCUGAAUAAUGUGGUCAAGAAAACAAUGCCAUUGAGAAGAUUAGGUACUUCAGAUCCUGCAUUAACAUCUCUAGUUCGUUACCUAAUUCAUGAUUCUUCUGAAUAUGUCACGGGUAACAAUUUUAUUGUCGAUUCUGGUGCCACCUUACCAGGUGUGCCCAUUUAUUCUUCUUUAUGAAAAUGUAUAUACUGUUGGCUAGCCCCCUUACCAAGUGAAUAUGUCAUGAUUGAUAGAAAUCUGAAUGAAGAGGUGGGCUUAGUGGUAAA